GGCAAGAUUUAGAUGACUUUAAGCAUACUCGCCGUUUGUUUCUGACCCAAAGUCGUUUGACAAUCCAUUGUCCCAAAAUAUCACAAAAUGUCACAAAUCUCAUAACUGUUGGCAACACUUACCAAUCAUCGUUUCGCAGGUCGCUUUGUGUAAAGAAUUUUCGUGGGUUUAACGAAACAAAAAAUUCACAAAUAAUUUUAAUAAAUACUGUUUAAAGUGUACAAAUUAAGAAAUACAAUGUAAAAACUGAAAUGUUUUAACAAAUUUCUUAGAAUAUAUUCAUGUUUUAAUAGGAAGAAGGUAUUUCUGUAUAUUUUCCAUCUACAUUACUCUUGCUGUCAAAAAAAAAAAAAAACAAAUUUGACAGAUUGGAAGAAAAGUAAAAAAGAGGAAAUAUUAAUAAUGGUAAAAAUAUUAUAAAUAAAAUACUUUCAAAUAAAUUGUAUUUCAUAAACAAUGAACGUGAGAUAUUAAGGUAUAAAAAAUUCAAAUUAUAGUUUACUUUUUUUUCUAUAAAAUGAAAAAAGUAAUGUGCAAAAAGUGCGUAUAAACGAUGGAUAACAAUGUAUGAGUGUAAAGGACCCAAUAAUAUACAAAAAAAAUAAAUCAUAAAAAUUUAUUGUGUUAUGUACAAUUAAAUCCUAAUUAUAUAGUUUAACUCAUUGAUUUCCUUAUUAUAUAUGAAUAUAAGUGUUGCAAAAAAUUUUUGUAAUUCAUUUAUUUUAAUGUGACAAAUAAUAUUUAAGCAAAACAAAAAUUACAAAAAAAAAAUUAAUUUACAGAAUGAACUUUUUAUAGAAUAAUAAACUAGUUGAAAAAUAGCGCUGAGAUUAAUCCAACUAAAAAGGCUUAAAGCGAUAAAAAAUAAUAUCCAUCAAAAUUAACAAUAACAUAAUAUACCUCUGCAGCAACAUUAAUAAAUAUAUAUAUUUUUAAAUAAGCAACUCUGUUUUUGUCUGCCUCUUUUUCUAUUGGAGCCUUUAUACGUCAACUUUAUUUGUUAUAAAAAAAACAAAAACAUCACGAAGAUUUAUAAAGGAUUAUUAGUGUCAAUGGCACCAGAUGAAAAAACUAACAAACUAUUUUAUAUUGUAUUGUGAAUUGAAAAGUAAAAAAAAAACUAUUUACAAAGGCUUCAAAUUUUGGACUUAAUUAUUAAAUCUGAAAUCAAAUGUGCUUAUAGAAAAAGUUCCUUUUAAUGAAAAUUGAAUCAAUCGAAUUAUAAAAUUCCAUGUCAAUGCUCCAAUUGAUUUGUAAACGAAAGUCACUACUGGCACAAUGCAAAGCUUGGAUUCAUCAUGUCAAGAAGCUGAUUUCAUAAUAAAUGACACAUUGAAAAAGCUUAAAGGCUCUAACACUGCUAACAGUAGCGCAGGAAGUACUGUACAAACAUUGGCUUCAAAUAAUCCCACAACGGCGACAAUACUUAGGCAGCAGCAACAACAAUUAGCCUAUCAACACUUACCAAAUUCAUCAACAUCCCAGCAGCCACAUAAAUUUCAGUACCAUCAAUUACAAUCUGCUUUGCAGGGUACAAAUGUCUCCUCAACAGCUGUUAAUAUUGCAAGUGGGAAUAAUAAUUCAACGACUUCCUGCAUACAAAAUGUGGCUCAACAACAGUUAUCACCGCCUACUCCACCGACAUUGGUAUCAUCGUCAUUUUCUGUUACGUUUCCUCCGAAGUCAUCUCUUAUAGAUAACAGUUUAUUGCAUUGCAAUAUUUCCCAAAUUCCCAGUCAACCUCCUCUUUGCAUAUUUGAGGACGAUGAAGAACCCUCAAAUCCAACAGAUCAACCUCCGGUUGAGUUAUUAGCUCCAACAAAUUCGUUACCAUCGUCUUCAAUAUCGAAUACCGGCUGUCAAAAUCAAAAUUUAGAUUCUACCAUUAAUUUGGACAAUAUCGUAAUUUUGGCGCAACCUGCUCCUGCACCUAAUCCAUCUAUACAACAACACAUACCACUAUCGCAUCCAUCUCCGCAAGCGGUACAAUCAACGUCAUACUCAAAUUUUAAUACAAUUACCUCACCAUCCCCUAUUGUACCGGAUUUAUUACUAUCAACGCCACCAGGUGUACAUAACAGUGGCUCUCAUACUAACAAUAACAAUAGCAACCACAACAAUAGCAACAAAAAGGCUGAUAAGCGUCCUUCCUCUUCAUCUUCGGUGAAUCACCAUCAUCAACACCACUAUCAACAUCAGCACAAUCAUCAUGCUCAUAAUUCUCAUCUUUUAACUUCACCAGCGACAACUGGAUCCCCUACCUCGUCGCCUAGCAAGAGGCAAAAAAUUAAGGAAUCAUCUUCUUCAAAAUCUUCACAUUCACCAUCGCUGUCACGAUCAGUAUCGACUUCUUCUAGUUUGGGCUUUUCUAGUGCACAAACAACAAGCACUAAUACAUUUUCUUCAUCAUCCUCAACAACAAGUGCUUCUAAGCGGGAAAAUACAUCACACAAAUUUUUCAACAUACAUGAACGAAUUAAAGAUCACUAUUUACAGUUGUUAGCAAAUGAUUUAAAUUUGUUUGCUGAAACUGGGCUUAAACAACGUACUCGUUCUUUUAUAUUAGAACGUGUUGUUGAAUGUGAAAGACUUAAUACAAUUGUUAUUAAUUUAUACCCUGGAAAUAAAGGCUAUGCGUUGGGUUUAUACUAUGAUGAUCGCAAUGUAAUACCUGACACAGAAGGGGAGCUGUCGACCUCCCUUUCUUCGCUGUCGUCAUCAAUAUCAUCAUCGAUGGGCUCAGUGUCUUUAAAAAACGUUUCUAGUCGCAGUUCAAGCAUUAUGAUUAAUAACAGCAGUUUUAAUUCAAGUAAAUUAUAUCCAUCAUCGAUACCACCAGAUUUAAAACAAAAGACAUCUUGUGAUCAUGAAGGCUCUUUCACAGAUUUGAGCAACUCAGCUAGUGAAUAUUCUUUAGUUGAAGUUUUGCGAUGGCCAUAUGAAAAUGAUCAGUUGCUGCAGUGCAUUGAUCGUGAAGUACUACCAGACUUUUUAAUGGAUAUGCUCGCAGCUACCACAAUAACUUUACAAGCUCCCCAAGACGACAGUACAGGGACACCACGUAUCUUUUUUAAACCCAAUGUUUUCUAUGCCGGUUGUGUGGUGGCACAAAUACGUGACUUUCGACAAACAUUUGCCACUUCAACGAAUAUCUGUGAUACGAGGCACGUGUUAUUGAGACCCACCAAUGCAACACUGUUCGCUGAUGUCCAACAUGUUGCAACGACACUUAAUCAAAACGCAUCUGCUUGCGCACCGGAAGAUAAACUAGCACUGGAGAGUCAAAUGGUAUUAGCUACAGCGGAGCCACUAUGUUUAGAUCCAGAUCCAAACAUUGGACGACAUGCAAUUAAUUCGCAACAUGAAAGGCAGCUUUUCAAUACUCACGAAUUGAGACGACAAAUGAAGAAGUACACACAAAUAUCAAUAAAUCGCAAGAGAAAAUUGGAUCAGUUUACUCAUCACUAUGGUCUUGAAUUAUGCGAUUACCUAACCCGAUUACGCACCAGGCCGAGGGCUGGACUGGUGCCUACUGCCGCAGCUACAUCUGCCAAUAUAUCAUCUACCAAUGCUGGUGUUAAUCCUUUAGUCAGUGCAACAAUGUUAACUUCAUUUGCUUCUAAAGUACCGAAACGCCCUAAAGAUGUAAUACGACCUAUACGGCCACCAAGACUAGACUAUCCAGCAAAUCUUAGGGUACCAGAUCAAUUAAUAAGUGUUGAAAAAUACGCAAAGACGAAUGAAAGGCCGCGAGAGACUACUGACUGCCAGCCGCAGUUGAUAGAAGAGUAUAUUUUGGAAACAGAACGAGAUGACAACGAGGGUCGACGUGUUGUUUAUCAUAUUAAAUUAUCGAUUUUUCAAAGGCCAUCAAAUUCAGAGUACCUGGGAGAAUUGUAUGUGGAUCGUGAUUACAGGGAAGGUGUGCGAAAUGGGGAAUCGUGCCGUUUUCCUUUGGGUACACGAGUACAUGCAAAUCGUUAUAUACAACAAUUUACUGAAAUAUUUACGGAGGAGGGACGCAAAGCUGUCAAGAUAACCCAUUUGGUUCCAGGUCAUUUACCAAAAGUUACACACACAGGAAUAACACCAGAACAGAGACAAGCACUCAUACUGCAACAACAACAAUUGCAAUUGCAGCAACAGAGACAAGCAGCAUUAUUGGCAGCUCAGCAGCAGCAACAACAACAGGUGAUACAACAAACAAUUACCCAGCAGCAAACAGAACAACCACAAUCGCAUCAACAGCAACAUUUGGUUGUUGUUGGUCCAAACGGACAACAACAGCAUUUAUUACCUACUACCGUACAACAUAUAAAUACCAACACUCUUCAAACUCAGUCACAAACAGUACAACAACCACAACAUAUAACUAAAAACAUAAAUAUAGUGAAUGUUACUGGAAACAAUGUAGCUGCCGUUCAGCAUGUACUAAGACACCAACAACUACAUCAUCAACAGCAGCAACAGCAACAAGUGGCUACAACACAAUAUAUAGAUGCAAAUGGUGCAACUGUACAGUUGCAGCAUGCUACCCUUACUGCCACUACUUCUAAUAAUAACAGCAACAAUACGACAACUAAUACCAGUAGCAUCGCUGGUGGUUCUCACCAUAUACAGCUGCAACAAAUAGCAACUUCUGGUCCUUCUUCAGCGGGAGUUGUAGGAGUUAGUAGUGGUGGUGCAUCUACAACGACACAUCAACUUAGUUUAAGCAAUGGUUCCUUAGUACUAGUUCAACAACAUUCAGCUACUGGUUCACAAACAUUACACCAACAGCAAACAGCUCAAGCUCUGCAACAUGCUGGAAUUACGAUACAACCUGCAUCGUCACAUCAACAGCAAAAGGCUCAAGUCAUUACAACCACCCAAAUGAAUACUGUGCAGUCGGCACAGAAUUCCGCACUUAGGACACAGCUUAGUUCAAAUGUUCCAAUUCUGCAAGCUCAAUUGAAGGCAGCACCUAUUGUGACUAACGCAAAUCAGCAACAACAGCAACAGUUAGUUCACAAACAAAACACUGCCAAUAGUUCUACCAACACAACAAAUGUAACUGGAAAUUCUGGAGGCUCAAGUAGUACCACUAACACUUUGCAGGCUAAUCCAGCUAUUAGCGCUAUCGUUACCAGCAUUAUGAAUACUGCUAAUCAAUGGCAACAGCAACAACAACAACAGAACUCUGCCUCUAUUUCUAACACUUCCAAUACUGCUACGACUUUGAAAAGUUCUAGUAAUGCUUCCAUAUUAAGUUUACUAAAUAGUGCCCCCGCUGCUAUGACAAGCACUCCUGUCGCAAGUGGCACGUUUACCACAUCUACUGGGCAAACUCAACAACAGCAGCCAAACCAACAGCAAAACGUUACUUUGGUUCAACACUCAUCUCAUCCGCAGCAACAGCAGUCACAGACAGCGACAGUUGUUGCCACUGAGAAUUUUGUUCAAGCUACACAAUCCCAAGCAGUGCCAAAUCAAUCUCAACGUAAGCAAAACGAAGUUCUGCAAAACCUUUUAAAUCCGGGUAGAAAAAUUAAUAUUGUAAGCAGCAGUGGUACUGGAAAUGGCGGAACAACCGCAACGUUUCGAACAAAUGCUGCAGGCAAUUUGAUAGCGGUGAAUCUCAAUCAGUCAUCUAAUCACCCGCAACAACAACAAAACCACCAACAGCAAAUUCAUCUCCAUCAGCAGCAACACACACAAACACAACAGCAUCAACAAGACCAACAACCUCAAACAACGGUUCGUGUUUCAAUGUCAGCUUUAGCAUCACAAUUGGCAUCUCCCCCCGCUAUAAUGACCAAUAGCACAAAUUUCGGUGGUUAUACAUUGAGCACAGUAAGUGGAACAGGGUCAGGUGGCGGUAGUAUAAAAAUACUUAAUAGUGGGAUACAACAGCAGCGUGUUUUAGCCAAUGCCCUUAGAAGAGAUUCUCUGAGUAGUACAUCUCAAGGUCCACCUAAUGCUAUAGUUGUUGGUGUAGCGGCUCCCUCUCCAGGAUCCGAUUCAAAUGCUUCCAAUGCUAGUGGAUUUGCUGUACCUCAAGCUACUUCAAGCUCAGGUGUUAGCGGCUCUAAUUCGACCACCUUGAACGCAUUGUUGGCGAAUGCUGCAACACCUUCGCCUUCCGGUUCAGAGCACUCUCAGUCGUCUCAAAGCCAAAAUCAAAGUCUGCUCGAGAGACUAAAUAGUGGUGGUGUAACAGCUGGAACGGCACUUCCCAAUAUGUCGCCGCAACAACACCAUCCAGCUACGCCACAACAACAGUAUAUUACAAAAACUUUAGUACAAUCCCCCGCCACAUCAUCAAUACAUUCGCCUAUGUCUAGUCCGCACCCACAGCCGUCGCCAUCACCACAUCUUCCACCACCACAGCAACAGCAACAACCUCAACAGCAUCAGCAACAACAAAGCCAAACGCAAACACAAACUGCCACGCUAAAUUUGCAAGGCAUAAAUUUUUCCACAUUGCAAGGGGCUAUGGCCAACUUCCCUGGCCUACAAAAUGUUCAAGUGCAAAUACCUGGAUUUAACCAACCUAUUUCUCUUCAACUAACGGGUGGAAGUUUACAUGCCGUACAGCAACCUCAACAGUCUGGAAGUUCAACCGUAUCUGUUGUAGGCGCAGGAGGUAGUGCAAAUGCAAGUAACAACAGCAGUGCUGUUGUUACGACACAAAAUCCCAAUUCUGCCCAACAAGUUCAUCAACAACAAAGAAGUCUCCUGGUGUCAGUACCAGUUAGUACGGCUAACCAACAACAAGGCCAAACUCAACAUACUAUAACACUACAGCCCCAGCAAUUGCAACAACAUUCAUCGGCAACUGGCACCGUUGUCAACUUACCAGCUGGUGCAGUUGCUACUGCAACUGGAGGCACUCAAACUGUGGUACUAACCAAUAAUUCGGGUGCUGGAGUGACAAAUACAGCCGGUGCAAACAAUGCCGGUACGAAUUCUACAAAUACCGGAACUACGAUGUUAACGUUACCCAUCGCUCAACUGGUAGGAUCUGGUGUACAAAAGUUAAAUUCUGCCACUUUAAGGACAUCAUCUACUUCAUCAACUGGAGUGACGACAACGAAUGCAAAUACGGCCACCGGUGGUAGUAUUAUUGUCCAGCAGCAACACAGUGUUCAACAACAGCAAAAGGCUUCCCACCAACCGCAACAAGCUACAAUAACCGUUAGUAGUACGGGAACAGGAAGUCAAACCAAUCAAUCUAUACAACUAGUGGGUACAAUACAGCAGGGCGGUCGCAAUAUUCAAGUUGUGGGUACAAAACAACUGGCUGGUAGCCGUCAGUUAAUAACCCAAAGACAAAUUGGUGGCUCCACUUUAAAAAUUGCAGCUGCUUCUCCUAUAAAUGCCAAUUCCAAUACGAAUCUUACCUCUUCAGCAAACUUAACUGCCACGCCUAUUGUAAUGUCGACACAAAAAUUACAAUUAAAAACAAUUAAGGCUUCUACUCAACAUCAGGCUCAACAGCAACAACAUCAGCGUAUUUUAAAUCAAAUAACAGCUUCUCAAGCAUCUCAAACAACGCCUCAACAACAAACUCAAACUGUCAUUUUAGGUCAACAACAAACGACACUAGCCUCAACGCAACAGCAAUCUACUUCAUCUCAGCAUUCGCAACAGCAACAACAUAUUCAGAUACAGGCAAGGGCUGGUAGUAAUUUAACUCAACGUACAAUUUCUGCUAUUGCUUUAGCAAAACAACAACAGCAGCAACAGGCUGCGGCAGCAGCAGCUGCUGCCGCCGUCGCUGCAGCCAAUCGUAGGCGACCAGCAACAGAUAAAUCAAAAUGUAAAAUGUAAUAUUAUCUUCAGCCUUCGCGCUUUGGAAAAGAAAUACACACAUAGUAUACAUA